AUGAGUUUACAGUUGACGUCAUGUUAUCCCAAACACCUCACUUACUUUUCCAUCGCCGUCAUCGUCGUGUUUUUGACCACCCUGGUCACCUACGACGCACUGGUCACCCAAAACUUUGUCGUAGGACUCCCGGCCACCCUACUCAACACCAUCCACAACUACAGCGAGAUUUGGUUCAACUCUCCCAGAAACAACAACCCUACAGAUAUCAACACGUUAAGAAUUGAGCUUAAAAAGUUGGGGUACGAACCAGUGGAAGACCACGAGUUCGAAUCCCCGUUUAUCGUAAAUCCAAAACUAUACCCAAACGUUUCCAAACAUUACCUUAACAUCACCAACAACCCUAUGAAAAUCAUAUCGCUCUACAACUGCCCGAACUGGUUCAUUAAUCACGCAGAGUCAAACCUGUUCAACAGCGACUUUAACAGGUGUGAGUACAGGUGUACCGUCGACCUGACAGGUGACAGGAAACAAGAGGCCGAUGUACUCAUCUUUUUUGUGGGGUAUUUAAAAGGGGAACCCCCGGCCCGACCCAGGGGUCAGAUUUGGGUCAAGGCCAUGUGGGAAUCUCCGGUACACUAUCGCUACCCUAGUCCGUAUGAAUCAUGGAGAAGUGUCUUCAACUGGACCUACACCUACAGGGUCGACUCGGAUAUUUUUGCACCCAAUAACCUUUUCGCCUGGAGAGACAGGACGCUGUUGCUAAGUGAUGGGGAAUAUCUUGGAAUCUUCAAAAAUAAAACCAAGAUGGCGGCGUGGUGGGUGAGCCACUGUGGUGCCAACAGCAAACGUGACCAGUACGUUAAAGAACUACAGAAAUAUAUAGAUGUUGAUAUCUACGGGAAAUGCGGCCCACUAAAAUGUCCAAAUAAGGAGAAAAAUGCAGAACAGUGUGAGCAGAUGCUGACAACAACCUACAAAUUCUACCUGAGCUUUGAAAACUCACUCUGUAAAGAUUACCUGACGGAAAAAUUUUACCGAAAUUUCGCCGAAAGACUGCAUGUCAUUCCUAUAGCGCGGGGCGGUUUCGACUACCAAAAAUAUAUUCCGCCAGGCGGAUUUGUCGACGCUUCACAGUUUUCUAACGCUACGGAAUUAGCAAAGUAUCUGAUCAAUUUAGGAAAUGACCCAUUGAGAUACGCACAAAUGUUGAAGGAAAAAGAUAAACUAGCGAUUUUGAACAGGAAAUUUGACUGGUGUGAUAUAUGUGAAAAAGUUCAUACGGACAAGAGGGUUAAAAUAAUUCCUGACAUUAGGGAGUGGUCUCAUAAAGAUACGUGUUACAAACCCACAGAUUUGUGA